GCUUAGCUUCGUUAGCAGCCUGCUUUAGAGUUGGCCUUGUACACGGUAAAGCUCAAGUUAGCUAACAGUAGUGAAGGUAGCGUUUAUAGUCAUCAUUAAUUUGAAGUAUUAAUAACACAAUAUAAUGGGUGUUUACAUGUUCUACACUUACGGAAACACAUGGUCAGGUUGCGUUUACCCUCUGGCUAUAACUUCAAUGGGCUAACAAGCUGUUUGGGUUAAAGUUGAAGGUAUUGGCUUAGCUUUUGCUAGCAAGGUAAAGAAACUAACGUACCUGACCAUCAGAGUCGUCCACCAUAAUGUCCCCUUCGGUCUGUUGACGCGGACGUCUUCCCUGACUCUGUGCAGAGGGAGGCAGCUGGAAGCUAGCUAGCUAGCUAGCAAGCAUGCAGCACUGGCCCGGUGUCUCCAGGAGGCGGCGCUGCUGAGAGGCGAGUGGUCGGUGUGGAGUGUUGGUGCCUACCGAGCCGGCCAUGGAUGACUUCAACACCAGGACGUACGGCACCAGCGGCAUGGACAACAGACCUCUGUUUGGGGAGACCUCAGCACGGGAUCGAAUCAUCAACCUGGCAGUGGGGGGAUUCACGUCCCUGGUUGUUUUAGUGACUGUUAUCAGUUCUUUUGUGUUCCCCUCAUUGCCUCCACGACCGCUUAAUGUCUUCUUUGCCGUGUGCAUCCUGUUGGCAUGUGGAUCCGCUUUAGUGCUGAUAUUCUGGUACCGGCAGGGCGAUCUGGAGCCUAAAUUCAGGAAUCUGAUCUACUACAUGCUGGCGUCCAUCUUGCUGCUGUGUCUAUGUGCCAACCUCUACUUCCACGAUGUCAGGUAAAGAUGAGGAGGAGGAGGAAGAGGAGGAGGAGGAAGGGACGACAUGGCCUUGAUACAUGACAUGGAAGGACUACAUGGAGAGACCGACUCAACACACACUAACUUGAAUAAAUUUCCUGCCUGACCGGCAGUAAACUAAUGAUUUCUUGGACCAAAACCAGUGAAGCGUAUUGGUUCCAGUGGGAUGAAAACUGUCAAGACUCGUUGGUGCUGAAAGCUAAUGCACUGCACAAACACACACAAUGUCACAGUGUAGAAAUCAUGAUGCACGGCUAGAGGCCAUUAAUCUGCCUGGAGACACACUGCUGCAGGAUGAAACAGGUGUGUUUACUAGUAUCCUUUUCACAAUAACAAGCAUUGGGUUUGGUGUGACAAUGUGAAUGUUAAAGGAAAAAUCCGCCCUUUUAUCUUGUUACCGUUUGUCCCAUCUCGUGUGUUUAAUGUUAUAUUUACAUGUUUUUCUUUGCCCUCACGUUGCUGAUUCACUUUAUUUACAUCUUUUAAACGGGGGUACCAUUGUAGCUUUGUCAUUUACAUGAACCUCUUAAUCAUGCCGCAUAAUCACGACACAAGCUGCGUCUCAUGUCAAGCAACACUUCAAAGUUUUUAGUUUAUGGUGCAUUCAGGGUCAGAAAGGAUAUAAUCACAUAAACUGGACCGAUGCAGACAUACCGCUGCAGGGUGUGAAUAAUGAAAGCUAGACAAGUGCUAUGUGCUGACGCCAAUUCCGUACUACACACGAUUACUAAAGAGUAUGUGUUACUAAGUGUAAUAGUAUUUAGUUUUUAGUUGAUAUUCAGUGUAAUUUACAGUUUUGUACUAGCAGGGAUUCGACGCAAUACAUACGCCAAUUGAUGUCAAACUUCUCACUGAAAAAGCUAAUUGUUUUCCCCAAGGUUCAAUACUUUAAUACCUUUAAUAAACCUUUAUUCUCAAGCCAUCAUCAUCAUCUGCAAUUUAAAUUAUGUAAACAGUAUGGCUGAGAACUUCGUUUUGUAUUGGAAAACAAUUUAACAUUAACACCACCAAUGUGUAGCAACCACCUGGGUGCUGCACGGCAGCCUUACAACGCCAGACACUCACCAGACAUCAGCUUGGUAGAGAAGGAGGGGAACAUAUUUUUAGUGGUGGGCAAAACCAGAGUACCCAGAGAAAACCCACGCAGACACAGGGAGAACAUGCAAACUCCACACAGAAAGUCCCGGGACGACCAGGGUUUGAACCCCGUACCUUCUUGCUGUGAGGCCACAUUGCUGAUUACUGAUGUUAAAGUGAGAUCCAUAAACACACCUGCAAUUACCGCUUAUCGCCAUAGGUGCUGCCAAACAACUAAAUGGAGAUCUUCAAGAUUAACUUUAAGCUCUGCAGGGGAUAAUUUGGUACAAUCGUGAGAGAGGACAUAAACCACAUCACUUUCUGUGCCACAAUUUUGUGCCAAUGAGGUAAAAUAAACCAUUAUAUGGGAACAAUAGGGAAAUGCGUACUGGUACAAAAAAGGUACUGUACUCUGAAAAAGUCAUUACGUUUUGUGAAUUAUCAAAAUUAAACUGUAAAAAUGUCAGGAAAUAAUGAAACAUUUUCAGGUGGCAUCUUCAGAUGUCCUGUUUUGUCCGACAACCAAUCCAGAACUCAAAGAUAUUCUCACAUUUGAGAAGCUGCAACCAGAGAAUAAUUGGUAGUUUUUGCGUUUAAACAAUUCAUUAUCAAAAUAAAUGUUUGACUAAUCAACAACUAAUUAUGAAAAUAAGUUUUACCUGUAUUUAAAUCUCUAUUUCAGGCAUCCAUGUGGAGCUUCUUGGUCAUUUCUUUGAGUUUAUGAGACACCUGAAUGCACCAUUAGAUUUCACCCUGGGUGUGGGAAGUCACUAUGAUGCUGUAGUGACUGAUUUGGGGAGAAGGUGCCCUGUAGCCUUCAGUCCUCCAUAGGCCUGCCUGGGCAAUAUAUUGAUAAUUUACAGGUAUCAAUAUAAGACUAGAAAUCGUCUAAUCAAAAAGACAAGUGUUCUCUUUCCUUGGUUUUAAGACUUACUUGCAGUUUCACUAAUUGCCUUUACCCACUUAGUCAUUGUAUCCACAUGUAUUGGUGAUUAUUUAUCAAAACUGUAAAUAUUUUGAGAAAGCACCAACAGACAACCCCUGCAAUAUCGCCACAGUAUUGCCAUUGAUGUAUUUGGUCAAAAAUAUCCUGAUUUUAGAUUUUUUUUCCCCAUAUCGCCCAGCUCUCAUCCUACACUUUUGAAUUCCUCUCACUUUUUGAAUCUGUGAAGAACUUCAUAACUGACAAUUUGUUUUUAUUUUCUGCUAUCAAGCUGGUGUUAUUUAACAGUUUGCACUUACACAAAAACAUCCGCUACAUUUGCCAAUACUUGUUUUUAACUGUUCGGAUUUUACUAGGGUGGAUUUUUCCUUUAACCAGAAUGGAGAUUGUUUGCAUGGAAACGCACUGAAUGAAGCAGUAUUCAGAACUGUAGACUGUAGCACAAACUAGCUAACACAGCAAUAGCACAAGCAGCUUCAGGCUUCUGUGGCAAAUAUAUGCAAAACUUUGUAUGUUGUUUUUUUUUUUUUUUUUUUUCUGUCACUGCUUUAUUUGUUUAAGCUUAUCAUUUCAUGGUUUAAUUCAUUUUCCACAUCAAGUCUUUGCUAAGAGGAUUUUUAGAAACUGACUUACACUGACUGCCAGUUCCUGCACUCAGCAUUGGUUGACGUACACUUCCCCCCCCACCCCCCCACCCACACCGGCACACAGCUGUAGCGCCAAUGAAAAUGAACGGGGCUUUACACUGAAGCUGCACUUUACACCAGACCUUUUCACGCAUCGUUACAAGUUUCUAUAUCACAUUGAUGUGUCUGACGUCUAAAUCUUUGCACUAACAAUUCUGCCAUUCACAAAUCUAAGCGGGGCUUUUCCUGAACCAUCUUUAUGAUUGAUUUCUCUUUCUUUUUACAUCAAGAAUGAUAAAUAAAAUCAUGGAAACGUUUGGUAUCUUAGGUCUCUUUAGCUCAGAGCGUUCACAUUGUUAAGAACCGGUUUGGUUUAGAUGUUUGCAGGUUAGAAAAACACUUGUUUACAGAUGUAGCUGCUUCAGUGACCCUCAACAUGCAAGUCAAACAGAAAUGAUAACGUAAAGCUGCACUGACGUUGAGUGGGUCUCUUGGACUUUUUUGUGGAGUGGACUUAAGUAAUUUCAAAGUCAGCAAAAUCUGGCUGCAGCAUUAUUAUGAAUAAAUCUGAUUGUUUUCUUAAUUAGGUGUUUGUAUGUUAGCAAAGUGCUCAUCCAUUUUUCCAAAGCCUGAUGCAUUUUUUGCCUAUUGUACCAAAAAGGCCAAAACCCAAAGACAUUCAAUUUGUCAAAGAAAAGCAGCAAAAACAGAGGAGCUGGAACAGAGAUUUCUUGUUAAUCAUGCUUUAAAAUAAAUGGCUUAUAUCGAUUAAUUAAUCAGUCAAUUCACUUAUCGACCGACUGUUUCAGCUCAGUGAUGAGACAUUCAGAGAUGGACACUACCAAAUAUCAAACUCUGGUGUCAGGUUUGGGCUCUGACACGCCGAGCUGUUUAAAGAAAACUUGUCAAAGUUAGAUCUUAAUGGAUGCUGUUAUUCUGUAUUUGUCUUAUUGUCAACAGUCCCAUGAAAAGACCAAAAACCAACAAAGGGUUCGUCCGACUUUCAAUACUCUAGACGUACAGAAUAUCACCAGAGUCUUUGGUAUUUCCUUGUGGCAUUUGUUUCCUGGUUUGCCAACUGUAGCCUUGUUAACAGACGACCUGCAGUAAACAUGGAACUGACUACACAGUGGCAAACAGCCUAGUGCUAACACAAACCCCAGGAAGUCAACCUCGCCAAGACUUUAGGAUUGUCAAAGCCAUGCUUUACUUUUUUUUUUUUUUUUUAAAUGUCUUUAAUGAAAUAAAUAAUGAUGUAAUCUG